CGCGCUCUCCAUCACCUCUUCUGGACUUCUUCAACUGAGCGCAAGAAGAUUUUUUUAUUUCAAUAAAGUCAGAGCCCUAACCCUAGGUUAGGGAUUCUGUUAAAAGGCAGCAGAGUCCUUCUUCGAGUUUUCUUUUGCCUCCCCUGUGUCAACGAGAAUAUUGAUCUCCUUGCAAGUAUACUUUUUUCUUGCGAGAGGCACACGCCUGCAAGGAGACCCGGCUGGAAAGGGUCUAGGAAAGAUGGAAUCAAAUUCUGAGAACCCUCUCAAUAACCCGAGUGGAUAUCGUUAUGGUAACUCAUGCGGGAUAGACUUCAAGCAAGAUGCAGUCUUCCUUCCAGUUCUGUAUGGAAUAUUUUUCAGUCUUGGCACUCCCUUGAACAUUCUAGCUCUGUGUGGACUCUACAAGCUCAUCAAAACAGAAAAUGUCUUGCCGGUGUAUGUGCUUAACUUGUUACUUGCUGAUCUUAUCCAGCUGUUGACAUUGCCCUUGUGGAUUGACUACUAUACAAAUGACCACCACUGGCGAUUUGGUCCCAGAGUCUGCCAGUUCACCAGUCUAUGUUUCUACAUCAGCAUGUACGUAGCAAUCUUCUUCAUGUGCAUCAUAGCACUCGAGCGCCACAUGGCAAUCGCCUGUCCACUGAAAUUCCACUUCCUGAGCCGACUCAAGUCUGCCCGCUGGUUUGCGCUGGGUGUAUGGGUGAUGGUUACUGUCCCCCUGUCCGUCGCCUUCAACAAGCUCUUCCCAGUGCAUGCCAACUGCACCCUCUGCGUUGAGAAAUACCCUUCAGAGGGAGGCUUCAUCACCUACCGGCUCAUAACCCUGUUGAUGUCUUUCGUCAUUCCUCUGGCAUUCAUUCUCAUCCUCCACGUAAAGACCAUGCGCUCGCUAAUGGCCGUCACCGCCCUGGCCUCGAAGGAGAAGAGGCGCAUCAAGAGCCUCCUCACCCUCCUGGUGGUCACGUUCCUCGUGGUGCUCGGACCCUACCACGUCACCGGGUACGUUAAGUACCUGGGCCUGCUGUUCCACAGGGACUCCUGUGCCUGGGAGAGAGCCAUCUUCUUGCCCUUUCAGCUGGGCAGGGGCUUGCUGAGCCUCAACAGUUUGUUGGACCCUGUGUUCUACAUCUUCCUGAGGAACGACUUCAGGUCGGCGGCAGCACGGUACCUGCCAUGUCUGAGGAGGAUGACCUGGGGCCUGAGCCAAGCCAGGGCAUCCUGUGGGGCCUCUGAGCCCGUGGAGAGAGGCACAAAUAACGAGAACCUUAUGGCCUAGUCUACCAUAGUCUACACAAGCUACAUGAAUGCAGUUGACAAUGCAGGGCUCAAACACCAUUUUUAGUCAAUGCAAGUUAAGCAGUCAAUGAUCCCCCAUCGGAAACAGGUGGUAUGAAGUUGCAUUACAAAAUACUGGGCAAAGCAUUUUUCAAAUCAGCCCUACAGUAUGAGAAAUUAGAAGAUUUAGCACACGUUCUAUCUGGAGGACUGUAUUGCUAUGUCACUCAUUCAUUUCUCGUGUCCAGGCAACGGAUGUAUAUAAUAGCUAUGAUGAUAAUGACUCACCCACCAAUGUGUCUGUUCUGCUGCUCCAGGUGCUUUGACCUUUUGAUGUUCUCUCCUUCCUCCCACGACCAUCCCCAGUUUGGUCCCUGUCCAUCUCUCUGGGUGGUUAACUCCCUGUCACGUAAUAUCAUCAAGGAUAUUUAACUCUUUUGAGUAUCUUUGGCUUAUUGGAGUAACAGGUGCAGUUACAUAUGCUAAUUUAAUGGAAAAAGUAGGCGGAAACUGCUUUGCUGAAGUCCAGAUGUACAGCUUUUAAGCUAACUGUGUUAUGUUCUA